AUGGCGGCGGAGAGAUUCUCGAUCUCUCUCGGAGGGAAAGGCUCUUCUCUGUCUUCUUCUUCCGUCUACAAUGUUUCAGCUGGCGUUUCUCAGGUGCGAAUCGAUUCUUCUGCGCUCGACAGAUUAUCCAAAAAAACCCCUCAAACUUCCCAAAAGACCUCCUUCACUAUCCCUCAAUGUUUGACGACCGAGGAGGUUCGAGCUUCACUAGCCGUCCUCUUAAACAAGCUUAUCCUAUCAGCUUCCUCUCCCUCCUCAUCUACCGUCCGUACGGUUCUCCCGGAAAAGUUAUCGGAGAGUCUGAAUUCGGAGGCGGAAGGGUUUGAUUUCUCCGAGAUUGAUUUGAGCGGAGGAGAAUGCACUGUGCUGGAGAACUCGUUUGCUCCAUUGAUCGCCGUAUGCUCGGUUAUCGACCACAAAUCCUCGGUCCUCUCUCAGAUUGUGGAUGCGGUUGCUGCUCUGAGCUGCGAAGCUACAAAGGCUGAUGUGACGUCGUUUAGCUCGUUGGAUUCAGGAGACGGGUUUGGCGACAAAGACGCCAUUGCAGUUGCUGGCGAUCUCAAGGUUCUGCUAAACGGAUCUAAACUCGUUGGGAAGAAAGAAGUCGAAUCGGUUUCGAAGAUCCCGAGGAUUCACGGGAGAUUCCGUGAUGCUGUGAAAAGUGUGCAUGCAGUUGUUAGGGUGGAGCUUAAUUCCAGCGUCAAAGGAGCUGGAAACUCUGGAACUGGUGAGGCUUUGGGAACAACAUUGUCUGCUUUGUCAAUGGCGAUCAGAAAUCUCGGAGAGUGUUCGUUCACUCGUGCCAAAUUGUGUUUUGAGUCUAUUGAAAACGAGGAUCUGAAGAAUGGUUUAUCGAGCUCUUUUGAGAAGUGUCGUCUUGAUUAUGAGAGUCUGAAGAAUGGUCAUAAGGUAGCAUACGAUGCACUAUUUGAGGAGGACUACUGCAAAUUUGCACACCUUGUGAAUGAGUCUCUUGGAAUUGUGUAUAGACUUGUUGGUUUGGAAGCUGUGGCUGCUUUCUUUGCCCUUCAGGGUGGAGAGUUGUUCAGUGAGAAGAGCGUUGAUGCUAAUGUGGAGGAGGCUAAAACAGAUAAAAAGAAGAAGAAGAAUGAGAAAAAAGCGGUUUUGGGUAGAGGGACAAGCAUUCUUCUCCAGUUUAUCAAAGACAGACUGCUCGGUGAAGAUGCAAGCGCUGGUGACCGGGUUGAGAGAUUGAAGCAAUGGGUGGAGAAAGUCUCGUGUCUUUUGAACCUCGAGGAUCAUGGUUUUGCUUGCUUCUUGGAUAAAGUAAAAGAGAUUGUUGAGAGUAAUGAAAACAGAAGGCUUCCAAAGCUCCCUAAGGGUACUCGUGAUUUUGCGAAAGAGCAGAUGACAGUCCGAGAAAAGGUGUUUUCAGUCAUACAAGACGUUUUCAAAAGGCAUGGUGCUUCUGCCCUUGAUACACCUGUAUUCGAACUGAGAGAGACACUUAUGGGGAAAUAUGGAGAAGACUCAAAGUUGAUCUAUGAUAUCGCAGACCAGGGUGGAGAGCUGUGUUCUUUACGAUAUGAUUUAACAGUUCCAUUUGCACGCUAUGUGGCUAUGAAUGGUAUCACAUCAUUCAAAAGAUACCAAAUAGCUAAAGUAUACAGAAGGGAUAAUCCAUCUAAAGGAAGAUACAGAGAGUUUUAUCAGUGCGAUAUCGAUAUUGCUGGUCUGUUUGAAAGGAUGGGACCCGAUUUCGAGAUUGUGAAGAUCAUGACAGAGCUGAUUGAUGAGCUACAAAUUGGAGAUUACGAGGUAAAGCUGAGUCACCGGAAGUUGCUUGACGGUAUGCUGGAGAUAUGUGGAGUACCCCCGGAAAAAUUCAGAACCAUUUGUUCCAGCAUUGACAAGUUAGACAAGCAAUCAUUUGAGCUAGUGAAGAAAGAAAUGGUUGAGGAGAAGGGUUUGUCUCCGGAGACAGCAGACAGAAUCGGCAGUUUUGUCAAGGAAAGAGGACAACCUAUGGAACUGUUGUCGAAACUAAGAGAAGAAGGCAGCGAGCUUUUAACUAAUGCGUCGUCAAAAGAAGCACUCGAAGAUCUGAGCAUUAUGUUUGAAGCACUUGAGAGGUCAAACUGUAGUAACAGAAUAGUCUUUGAUCUGAGUCUUGCUAGAGGUCUUGAUUACUACACCGGCGUCAUCUUUGAAGCUGUCUGCAAAGGAGCUGAGGUUGGAUCGAUCGGUGCUGGUGGGCGAUACGAUAACCUAAUCGGAAUGUUCGGGACACGGCAAGUCCCAGCCGUUGGUAUGAGUAUCGGUAUCGAGAGAGUGUUUAACAUAUUGGAAGAACUUCAAAAGCAACAGAAACAGGUGAUUCGAUCCACAGAGACGCAAGUUCUGGUUAGUAUCAUGGCUGAUAAUAAGCUAGCAGAAGCUGCGGAAUUGGUGAGUCAGCUUUGGGCAGCUAAGAUAAAAGCAGAGUAUCUCGUGAGCAAAAGACGGACAAAGCAUUUCGAUCGCGCCACUGAAUCUGGAAUCCCUUGGAUGGUGAUUGUCGGCGAACGAGAACUCAGUGAAGGAGUUGUUACGUUGAAGAAGGUCGUUAAAGGCAGUGAAGAAGAAUAUCAAGGAGUUUCCAGAGAUAGUUUCGUCGACCAGUUGUUGAAACUUCUCUCUACUUGA